GUCAUAGUAUUAAACAUACGAUGCGCAAAUCAUGCAUCAACAGCUCUUCAUGGGCUUAGUAAAUAAUUUCGAGGGACUUUAUUAGAGUUCGACACUUCCAGGAUUCCUUUCCUUAUCUUGGAGUGUUAUUCCCAUGCUUAUAUUCUAGACUUUAUGAAUCCAUACCGUUUCUAAUUCUGAUAUACGCUUGCGUUGAUUUAAUUAGCAAAGCAAUAUGAGCGCGGGGCCAUUAUACCUCGGGUUUGAUCUUUCAACCCAGCAAUUAAAAGCAAUUGUAAUUGCUUCGGAUCUCAAAGUUAUCUCCGAAGCGAAAGCCGACUUUGAUGCCGAUUUUGCUGCCAAGUAUAAGAUCAAGAAGGGCGUUCAAACAAACGAGGAUGAGGGUGAAGUAUAUGCACCCGUGGCUAUGUGGGUUGAGGCCGUAGACCUCGUCCUUACCCGGCUGAAGAAGAAGGGUUGCCCUGUCGAGCAUAUUAAAGGAAUUAGCGGUUCAGGUCAGCAGCAUUCAAGCGUCUACUGGAGCGAACAUGCUGAGUCUACCUUAAAGACACUUGAUAGCGAGAAAUCCUUACUCGACCAGCUAUCCAAUGCCUUCGCUUACGAGUUCGCGCCGAACUGGCAAGAUCACAGCACCCAGGCCGAAUGUGACCACUUCGAUGUUCACUUGGGCUCUAAGCAAAAGCUGGCCGAUGCCACAGGGAGCGCUGCUCAUCAUCGGUUUACAGGUACGCAAAUUCUAAGAAUGCGAAGGCGACGCCCUGAGGUCUACAGCAAAACUGCUCGCAUCUCGCUCGCCUCUUCAUUCUUAGCCUCCCUAUUUCUAGGAGCCGUUGCGCCGAUAGACAUAAGCGACGUUACCGGUAUGAAUCUAUGGGAUAUCGCUGACGAAAAAUGGAACGAGUCACUCCUAGAGUUGACGGCAACUAAGGAGGGUGUGCCCGAGCUGCGAAAGAAGCUUGGCGAUGUACCACUAGACGGCGGUGGCAGCCUGGGCGGCAUUUCCUCGUACUUCGUAAAACGAUACGGAUUUAGCCCCGACUGCCAAAUCGCGCCAUUUACAGGUGACAAUCCCGCGACGAUCUUAUCGUUACCUCUGCGACCACAUGAUGCGAUCGUCUCGCUAGGCACGUCCAGCACGUUCCUCAUGAAUACACCUAACUAUAAGCCCGACCCUUCGUAUCACUUCAUGAACCACCCCACCACAAAGGGGCACUUCAUGUUCAUGUUGUGCUAUAAGAACGGUGGCUUGGCUCGCGAGAAGGUCCGCGACAAUCUUCCUAAGCCGUCGGGAUCAGACCCCUGGGAGAAUUUCAACAAGCAGGUGUUAGAGACACCGCCGCUAGACGUCAAGAAGGAAGGCGACAAGGCGAAGCUGGGCCUGUAUUUCCCGCUGCCGGAAAUCGUGCCGAAUGUCAAGGCGGGUACCUGGCGGUACGCUUGCAACAGUACAGACGGCUCGGACCUACAGGAGACAUCAGACUGGGGCGCGGAGACAGACGCCCGCAUAAUCGUCGAGUCCCAAGCUCUAUCAAUGCGCCUGCGCUCGCAGAACCUGGUAUCGAAACCUGACGACCGCCCACAACUCCCAGCCCAACCGCGCCGCAUCUACCUAGUCGGCGGCGGAUCGCUAAACCCUGCAAUCGCGCGCGUAUUCGGCGACGUGCUAGGUGGUGCAGACGGCGUAUACCGGCUCGACGUAGGCGGCAACGCAUGCGCGCUCGGCGGCGCGUAUAAAGCGCUAUGGGCACUCGAGCGGCGCGACGAGAACGAGAGCUUCGACGAUUUGAUUGGGAAGCGGUGGCGAGAGGAGGAUGCUAUCCAGAAAGUAGAUGACGGGUUCCGCGACGCGGCGUUUACGAGCUAUGGGAGGGUGCUGGGUGCGUUUGAGAAUAUGGAGAAGAGGAUCUUGGAGGUUGCGCAUAACUAGACCGGCUUAGAAUUCUGACGAUGUGAUGAUAUACCUGAGCAAGGGAUGACGAAGACUGCAGUACACCCCAUCCCCUGAGGUAAUGUUAGUUCUUCGGACGUGCACGAUCGAUGUAGAAUAAGACUUCGAACUUCGAAUUCUGAAUAGAACAACAUCCCCUUAAAACAUCUUAACUAUUAUACUAGUUAACCUAGGGCUUUAUGCCAUAAAAUACUCUGAAAUAACGUUUCCAGAGAACUACAACGACCUCCUAGGGCGAUAGUAGAUAUGCACUUUAGGAUUUCAGCAAAGAGGUAGCUUUAGGGGUCUGCUGAAUAACAUUGUUACAGGAGGCGUGCUGUAUGUUCCCGUGUAAGUAAGGAGGCUAUGAGGGG